AAUAAUUGUAAUUGAUAAUCGGAUAUAAUAGAAGCAAAGGAUAAUGUGCUGCGAAGGGCCGAGAAAAAUUUACGUAGAAUUUGGCGAAGUGGAAGUGGACGCUACGGCUAUCAAGUGGAUAGAGAUAAUCAACGAAAGUUGCAUGGAGCAGAUUUAUGAAGCUCGAAGAGAUGCUACUACUAAUCCUCUGGACCAUGUAUUCGAAUUAUGUAGCUAUUCGUGGUCUUUGCUUCCAGGCCAAAUUUACAAGUGCAAAAUAUACUAUCGACCGUUCGUGCCGUCCUCCGUAAACAUAGAUUACUUUACGAUCGUGGAUUCCGUUGGAGAACGAGCGGAAAUUAAAGUUUGUGGAAUGUGUAUCGGACCUGUAAUUUCCUUGUCCACAACGAGAUUAAUUAUGAUAUGCACAAGCGAGAAACGCGAGAUAAAGAAACGGAUCAAACUCGUUAAUGAUUCCAAAGCCAUGGCAAUUUUUAUGUUCGACAUCGAUCUGACGCAAAGAUCAUUUAAAGUUGACACGAAGCAAGGAUGCAUCGGUUCUCAUUCUCGUAAAUAUGUAAUGAUCACUUUCGCGCCUCAGGAAGCUGGAAUCUACACGUGCCACUUGCCGUGUUUAAUCCUAAAUCACAGACCGAUUAUUAUAGAAGUAUACGGUUACUGCAGCUCGAUGUUAUUACAUAAAAUAAAUAUACAGAAUCGCUUUAAUUAUCCUGAAAAAUUAAAGAAUGGCUUCGAAAGCUACAUGAGCGACACUAUCGUCGCUGCGCAAGAUGUACCUGCGAUUUCUUUAUCGAAAAACUACAUCGAUUUUGGUCAAGCUGAUUUGACAGAAAAUACUACGCAAAAAAUUUCAGAAACUCUCUGUCUUACUAAUCACACUCGAUCUGACGUAUUAAUUAAAUGGGACCAAGAUAUUGAAGAAAUUUUUGACAUAAUACCCGUUAUCACGAAAGUACCAGCGGGUCAGACAGUUCUAUUCGAAGUCACAUUUAGUCCAGACAAAGGGAGCAAUUUAUUUGCGCGAGAAUUCAUCGGAUAUGUUUUCACCGAUCAGCAAGAAAAUCUUUUUUAUCAGGAAAAUGUUGUAUUUCCUGUAAUUACAUCUGUGCGAUUAAUUGGUCAUUCCUUUCCUAUUUGUUCCGAUGGCUGGAUCCCCCAGUAUGAAAUACCUCACAUAGUCAAAAUGCCGCCUUGCUUACCAUCAUUUCCGAUUUACACCACGUUUCUGAUUAAAAAAUUUGGACACUUACCAUUGAUGUAUCGCUUUAUACCGCCGACAUCGAGCCAUUUUUUCGUGAAGCCGAUGAUGGGAAUAAUUCAUAAAGAUUAUCAGAUUAUUGUAGUCGGUAUGUUACCCGGUAUUGACAACGAACGCGUUUAUGUAGAGCGUUGGGCGAUACAUUUCAACGGAAAUACAAAAUCGGAGUAUUUCAUAGAUUUUCGAGGAUUUGCAGAAUGCGCUAAUGUCAGUUUCCGUGAUCAAAUUGUGAGGUUUGCGCCGACAUUUCCAAAUUGUCAAGAACCACAACAAUUCUAUAUGCGAAAUAUUACUCGGCAUACAAUAAAUUAUGAGUUUGUUAACAUGACACCUGAACUACAGAUUCGAAAUAAAAAUAAUAAAAUUUUCUCAAAUGAUAUCUUCUUUCUCGAGUGGAUAUUUUGCCCUGCUACAAUUGGGAACUAUGAAUUUGACGUAAAGUGUAUUUUAUUUAUAUUGAGAGACAAAAUUCCCACUGGACCCAGCGUCUGCAUUACACUACACGUAAUAGGAAGCUGCGAGUCUGGUUACCUUGUGUCAGCACCCGAUGAAUUAAAUUUCGGAGUUCAAGCGUACAAAGCUACAAAGGAAUUAAAUUUUCAUAUAUUUAACUUGAGUCCGGUAGACAUUCAUUACGAGAUAACGUGUAGCCAUUGUAAUUGGCCGAUCGGAAACAUAGAACACGAUGUAAAAAUACAGCCGAUUAUGGACACCGUUUUCGCCGGACAAGAUAAAAUGAUCACCGUUUCUCUUACACCCACUACACCGGGAUAUUACGAACUUUUUCUUCAAUAUUUUGUGAGAUUAAAUAUUAAUACAAUUGCAUUAAUUCCGAAUCAGAUGCCAAGAAAUAUCUGCAAAUUGUGCUCUUUAUGCGUGUUACCCACCUUAAAAGUGACAAAUUUACAAUGUUACGGGCCUUACCCAGAUAUGAGUAAAGCUUUUCUUUGGAAGCUGAUGAAGAUAAAUAUAUUCAAUACAUUACUUCAAGAUUUACAAGCGGAAACAUCACAAACACUGUACAUAAACUUUCCGGCGAUGAUCUUACAUGAAAGUCCCUUUAUUAUAAAAUUACUUUUAAGAAAUGUAACUGCAGUGAUUGCUUCGUGGAAUAUUAAAAGAGUGCAGUUGUGUUCUUGCCGACCCAUUUUUAAAGGCUUCUCGUUGCAACGUGCAAAAUACGAUUGUUUGCAUAGGAAAGUGUGCUCUGUACAACCAAAAACAGGAAAUCUUAAACCAGGAGAAGAAAACUGGAUAACUCUAGAGCUGCAUUACGUAUUACUAGGAAAGACUGAAUCCAAAUGGGACUUAGACCUUGGAAAUAAUCGUCAUAUUUUUUUCCUCAUAGUGAUCGAAGGAUUAUCCAGUUCUGUUAAUAAGCUUCAUCUUUUAAACGGCACGCAUUUUAAGUUUCAGCAUAUUUACUUGGGAGAUAAAAGUCCUAUUUAUCAGGUAUGUUGGGUGCAUAAUGGUACAAAUCACAGCAUCCCAUUCUCUGUAAAUCCCAGAACGGUGCGCGAAAUAAAUCAGCAAUACUGUUAUGAGGUUUUUUCCUGUGCGACUCGAUAUGCAAUCGUGAAUCCACAAUCUUCUGUGCCGAUCCUUUUAAAAUUUCAACCACGACAAUUUGGCACAUUUAAGGGCAGAUUAUGCCUGACUCUGGGCGAUGAAGAAGAAGAACUGAUAUUGGAAGGCGAAUCUUCUUUGCCGCAUAAACCAGCAGCAAUUGGAGAAUAUAUACCAUCCGAAUCACAUGACAUCGACGAUGAUAUUCCUAUAUACUUUAAUGCUGACUGUAUAGAUAUUUUGCACGUAGCUACGCAUAGUCACGUAAUAAAAAUGAUUAUGAUGCAUAAUAAUUUAGUGCAAGAUGUACUCGCUUUUGAAUGGAAGAGAAAUGAUAUUCCCGGAGUAAUUCACGUGGAAGUUCAUCCACAAAAAGGUUUGAUAAAACCAAUGUCUGUUAAAAGUUUUCAGGUAGCUAUAAAUACCGAAGAAUAUCCUUGCGUAAUUGAUCUUAACAUUCCGUGCGAAUUUAUUAAUACCAGUCAAAGACGAGCCUAUCAGAGAAGUGUGUACAAGUUAGAAGAUAUGUCUCGAGAAUUAAAAGGGCAAUUUACUAUUACAGAAAAAGGCGUCAGCGUUCCAAAACCAUUAAUGAAAGUUUUGGAGAAACCUCAAACCUUUUAUAAAACCAUAACGAUUCGAUGUUCUAUAUAUAGCAUGGAAGAUAAGUUUCUAAAAAUUAGUUUAAUGGAUGAAUUAAUAAAUGCACCUCCAAAGAGAAUAUGCAUCGAGAAAAAUGAUAGACAGAUAUUAACAUUCGGGAAAAAGGAUAUUAAUCGAUCUUCAUUUAUUAUAGAAGGUCUAUUAUGGGAAAUAGUCAACAGCAAAAUAUUUAAAAACAUUAUGCAAGAUAUAUUGCGGAAUGAAUCAAAUUUGUUUUAUUCACAAUUCACAAUGAAUUUAUACGAAAGAAAAAGAUUGAUACGAAGAUCGUAUAUUUCAUCUCCACGAGCAUUAAUCAAUCGUAUAUUAGAAAGAAUGUUAUUCAUUAUACUGCACCAAGAGUUUGCUUUAAAGACAGCGCAUCUAAUUCAGCAUAAAGAUAUCAGACAUAAAAACUAUUUGAACAUAAUAUCUGGCAUGAAUAGAAGAAAGAUAGCCAAACAAGGUAUCGAAAUAUUAUAUUUUAUUUUAAGAAAACAUUGCUUAAUUGUUUUAAUCGUUGCAAUUUGUUUUAGAAAAACAGUUGUUAUGUCACGAUGA